AUGGGGAAGUUCGAAGAUGAGGGGACCCCAGAGUCCCUACCGUUGACUCGACAAGGAUCCGAAUCCCCUAUCUCACAAAUGUCCACCGAUUCGGGUCUAUCGAUCGCCUCCGAAUCGUUUAUGAAGAACCAUAAGGGAGGCAACACGAUGCCGAGGGAGGAAGGGGAUGGACAUAGAUACCGGGAUAUUGAAGAUGAAGGGGAACAUGACUCAGAUGAGCCUCUAAUACCAAGCGGGCAGAAGUCAGGGUCGUCUAGUCGCCUGCGCCGGAUCGUAUGGUUACUGGUGUUGCUUUGCGUCGGUGGCUGGGCGCUUGCCUUCGUGCUGUUCCUCACGCAGAAACGACCCAAUGCCGCGGCGCUCUCAUCUGCCUCAGGAGUGGAUACUCAUGAACCAGACUCGAUAUCGAUCACCGGUGGUAUAAGCCACGGGAAACCAGUGACACUUGAGCAAGUAUUAUCUGGGACCUGGUCUCCGAAGUCCCAUGCGAUCUCCUGGAUUGCAGGCCCAAACGGCGAGGAUGGGCUUCUGGUUGAGCAGGGUGAGCAGCAAGACGCUUUUUUGCGUGUGAAAGAUAUCCGCAGUAGUAAGGACGGUGUCGAUAAUCUCGAGACCAGAGUGUUGAUGAAGAAGGGGUACAUCUGGUUUGAUGGAGAGGCCAUGCAACCAGCCAAGACAUGGCCAAGCCCUGAUAUGAACAAGGUCUUGGUCAUGACUGACACUCAAUCCAAUUGGAGACACUCGUACUUUGGGAAAUAUUGGAUCUUUGAUGUGGCGACACAAAAGGCCGAGCCGCUAGAUCCAGGGAACCUGAGUGGACGGGUACAGCUUGCAGCUUGGGCGCCAACUUCCGAUGCAGUUGUGUUUGUUCGCGAGAAUAAUCUAUACUUGCGCAAGCUGGCCUCCUUAGAGGUUACCCCCAUCACCAAGGAUGGCGACGAGAACCUCUUUUAUGGUGUUCCAGAUUGGGUGUAUGAGGAAGAAGUAUUUGCAGGCAACACCGGCACCUGGUGGUCUGGCGAUGGAAAGUUUGUCGCAUUCCUGCGAACAAACGAGUCAGCAGUUCCUGAAUAUCCUAUUCAGUACUUCCUUUCACAUCCAUCAGGCAAACAGCCACCGCCAGGACUUGAAAAUUACCCCGAAGUCAGGCAAAUCAAAUACCCGAAACCCGGCAGCCCGAAUCCAAUCGUCAAUCUACAGUUUUAUGAUGUCGAGAAGAAUGAAGUUUUUUCAUUUGAUAUGCCAGAUGACUUUACUGACGAUGAAAGAAUUAUUAUUGAGAUCGUCUGGGCAUCUGAGGGUAAGGUUUUGAUCCGAGAGACCAAUCGCGAAAGCGACGUUGUGAAGAUCUUUGUUAUGGACACAAAGGCCCGAACUGGAAAACUGGUGCGGUCAGAGGAUAUCGCAGCUCUUGACGGUGGCUGGGUUGAGCCUUCACAGUCCACUCGAUUUAUUCCCGCUGACCCCAAAAAUGGACGACCACACGAUGGCUAUAUUGACACUGUCAUUUAUGAGGGCUAUGAUCAUUUGGCUUAUUUCACACCUUUCGACAACCCACAGCCUGUGAUGUUGACCAAUGGCAAUUGGGAGGUUGUCAAGGCACCGUCUGCUGUCGACCUGACGAAGGGUCUCGUAUACUUCAUUGCCACAAAGGAGGCUCCAACCCAGCGUCACGUCUACUCGGUCAAAUUGGACGGCUCCGAUCUUCGCCCUCUGACGAACACGUCAGCACUCGGCUUUUUCGAUGUUUCAUUUUCCCAUGGAGCCGGCUAUGGUUUACUCAGCUAUAGAGGCCCAUCGGUACCGUGGCAGUCCGUGAUCAGCACCCAACGUGACGAAGUUGAAUUCAUAAACAUCAUCGAAGAGAACCUUGAACUCGCUAAGAUGGUUAAAGAAUUUGCUCUUCCAACCGAGGUGUACACCAACGUUACCAUUGAUGAUUACACGCUCCAAGUUCUGGAGCGGCGCCCUCCAAAUUUCAACCCUGCAAAGAAAUAUCCCGUGCUUUUCUUUCUAUAUGGUGGACCAGGAUCGCAAACAGUCGACCGCAAGUUCACGAUUGACUUCCAGACCUAUGUCGCCUCGAGCCUGGGUUAUAUUGUUGUCACUGUGGACGGUCGAGGAACAGGCUUCAUUGGGAGAGAAGCCCGCUGCGUUGUCCGUGGUAAUAUCGGCCAUUACGAAGCUCUCGAUCAGAUCGCGACGGCCAAGAUUUGGGCUAGCAAGAACUAUGUGGAUGAAAGCCGUAUGGCAGUUUGGGGCUGGAGCUACGGUGGCUACAUGACCUUGAAGGUCCUUGAACAAGAUGCGGGCGAGACAUUCCAAUAUGGCAUGGCCGUUGCGCCCGUCACUGAUUGGAGGUUCUAUGACUCCAUCUAUACAGAACGUUAUAUGCAUACCCCCGAGCACAAUCCCUCAGGCUACGCGAAUGCCUCCAUCAGUGAUGUGACGGCCCUAGGCCACAGUGUUCGGUUUUUGAUCAUGCACGGUGUUGCCGACGACAACGUUCAUCUCCAAAAUACCCUUGUGCUGAUUGACAAGCUGGAUUUGGAGAAUAUCGCCAACUACGACAUGCAGGUCUUCCCAGACUCAGAUCAUAGUAUACAAUUCCACAUGGCGCAUGCGCUUGUUUAUGAACGUCUCUCGAGCUGGCUCAUCAAUGCGUUCAAUGGUGAAUGGCAUCGGACCACGAGUCCGAGACCACAGAAGUCGACGUGA